AUGUCGGCCACAAUGAAGUCUGCCAGGCGUGUCAAGCCCCCACCUGGUGAAGCUGCUCCAUCUACUGUUCGCCUUUCUACCGAAUCUCUCAAAGGAAGAGAACGCCAUGAUGGCGCCGUUGAAAGCAUGGCGCCCAAUGCUGGCGACGAUUGGCUACCCCCAAAAACUCUCUUAAAACCAGCUGGUCAACUACAACUAUCCGAUCCUGAACUCAACGAAGAGUUGACUCGCAUCCUAAAUGCAAACAACCCACAUGCACCUCAAAAUAUUGCUAGAUACAACAACAACGAACGCGCUUUCAAAGCUGUUCCCUACACCGAUCACGUAGUAGUCCAUUUCGAAUUCGACGGUUAUAUGGUCUACACUGGUGGAGAGGAUGGUGAUGGUCAAAACCCUCUUGUAGCCGUCGCUGCUGGUGUCAAUGCCGGCACAACUACCUCAUCCUCCACUGAACCUGUAGUGCAGCAAUCUAUGCGUCCGACCACUGGAGAAGCUGAUGGAGGUGAAGACGGGGAUGGCGUGCCUAAACUGGGUGCUCCAUCUCGAAAUCAAUUCAACUUUAGCGAACGGGCUUCUCAAACAUUGAAUCAUCCCUACAGAGAUCGAUGGACCAAUACCGAGCCACCACCGAAACGUACAUUCUCAGACACUGUAAAUCAAUGGGCUAUAUUCGACGCAUACAUUGAAGAUGCCCAACAAAAGGAAAAGGCUGCUGCUAAAGCCAAGGCCCCUGCUUCAGGAGGUGCUAAAACUCAGAAAGAUGACCACGUCGCUCUAUUGCCAGCUUCAGAUGCUCCAACGCAUUCCGAGUCUGAAAUACAUCGAAAUGCUGAACUACGACGGGCAUUGGCAAUGGUUGAGAGAAUGGCAAACCAAAACACAUUCGACGAUGUCACUCAGGACUACAAGUACUGGGAAGACGCAGGUGAUGAAUUUAGAGAAGGUCGAGGAGGGGUAUUAUUGCCACUUUGGAAAUUCACUUGUGAAAAAGAGAAGAGAAAGCAAACUACUGCUAUAUGCUGGAAUCCUGCAAAACAUGACUUGUUUGCUGUGGGUUAUGGUAGUUACGAAUUCACUCGACAAGGUCCUGGAAUGGUUGCCUGCUUUUCAUUGAAGAAUCCAAGUCAUCCAGAAUAUCUUUUCGUUACCGAAGCUGGUGUCAUGUCUGUAGAUUUCCAUCCACAGUAUCCCUCCUUAUUUGCCGUUGGACUAUACGAUGGAUCCGUGGCAGUAUACAACCUCCAAAAGAAGACCGAUGCACCCAUCUUCAAAUCUACUUCAAAGUCAAAGCAUGCUGAUCCCGUCUGGCAGGUUGCAUGGCAAAAGGACGAUCUAGAUGACAACUCCAACUUUUUCUCGAUAUCAUCCGAUGGCCGUGUUGUUCAAUGGACACUUCUUAAGAACGAGCUCGUCAUGAGUGAUGUCAUCAAACUGCAAAUAGACAAUGAUGUCGGUCCAGUUGCCGAUAUUGCACCAGCAGCAGGCCCAACAAUAGCAACUGCAUCAACCGCUGUUGCAGCACUCAACCUGGACGAUGAUAAAAAGUUGUUCGGUUUGGAAGGAGGUUGUUCCUUUGACUUUAAUCGAUCAUCCGACCACUUGUUUAUUGUUGGAACAGAAGAAGGACGAGUGCACAAGUGCUCAAAACUGUAUAAUUCACAGUAUUUGCUCUCCUUUGAAGGACAUCAGAUGGCUGUGUACACAGUCAAGUAUAAUCCCUUCUUGCCUCGAGUGUUUUUAACUGCUUCAGCGGACUGGACUGUAAAAUUAUGGGAUCACGAUCAAACUAAACCGUUGAUGACGUUUGAUCUAUGCUCGCCUGUGGGUGAUGUUGCAUGGGCACCUUAUUCAAGUACGGUCUUUGCUGCUUGUACAUCUGAUUGCAAGGUCUACGUAUAUGAUUUGAGUGUAAACAAGUACGCUCCCAUUUGUGAGCAAGCCGUCGCCAAGAAGGCCAAGCUGACACAUUUGGCAUUCUCAUUGAAUGAACCUCUAUUAUUGGUCGGUGAUGAUCGUGGACAUGUGCAGUCUUUGAAGUUGUCGCCAAAUCUUCGACGAAUCGGAGGCACUCGAGGUGGAGAUGUGUCAGAAGAUCAAAAGCUAGCUGAUAUACUUGGCAUUUAA